UAUUAUCCUCGGGAUUGCUUGAGGAGAGAGAAGGAGCAAGCACGCGCCGUCAGCGAGCAGAUGAUAUAGCUGGUCUAUCCCUGUUUCCAGCCUGACAAUCGAGCGUAUCAUCUACAAAAAUGUGGCAGCCUGCGUCGGAGCGAUUGCAGCAUUUACAGACCAUGCUGAAGACCAAACUCAACGUGCUGACGCUCCGCAAGGAGCCGCUGCCUACAGUGAUCUUUCAUGAGCCAGAAGCCAUCGAGCUGUGCUCCACCGCACCUCACACCAAGAACCGCACACACACAGGAUACAAGGUAACCUACCUUGGCAAGGUGACGAUUUCCGGCACUCACUUCCUGUCCGGCUGCACCGAGUCAGCUGUGGUGGGAUUAUGGGACACCAAGCGGACAUCAGUGGCCCACGAUGACUCCAUCACCUCUAGCAACGGCAUACUGGAGAUCCGGCCGUUCCAGGUACGACUGCAUCACCUGGACGGCCGGGGCGAGACUACGGGGGCCAUGGACACCUUCCAGGUGGCUCGCAUCGCGUACUGCACGGCGGAUCACGACGUCAGCCCCAAUGUCUUCGCCUGGAUCUACCGGCAAAUCAACGACGAUCUGACCUUCCAGAUGGACUGCCACGCCGUGGAGUGCGAAAGUAAACUGGAGGCCAAAAAACUGGCGCACUCCAUGAUGGAAGCCUUUAAGAAAACCUUCCACAGCAUGCACAGCGAAGGACGCAUCCACAAGAGCGGCUCGUCCGACGAGUUCCCCGAAGAGGCCAGCACACCCGACGACGGCUGAGAGACCCCCGGGGCUCGGGAACGCCUCUCGCGCUCUUCACGUCUUUGUGCCAUAAUAGAAUAUGCAGAAAAAUAACCACAGCAGAAAGAGAACGCAAAUGGAAAUUCAAACCACAAACCAAGAAACUAGUCUGCCUUUUUUCCGUCUCGGCUGCCAGACAGUUCGUGCCCGUUUUAUUAAAGCGUCCACACUCCCACUGGAAAGCUGCUGGUUUUGAUAUGGCAGGUGUGAAUUGGCAAGAACUUGUUACACGUUCACCUGUUAUGUUGCUUUCGUCCUGCCCAUCAAAACCGUUGGAUCUGGGAGUUCCUGAUGUGUGUGCUGAAAUCUUUUAUGUCAUUUUUUUAGAUAAUGCAGAGGUGUGUUUCCGAGAGAUAAAAAAGAUAUUUAUGGUGGGCAGCCAGUCCAGGGCAUUUCUUUACCUUUAUCGGGCCAUUGAAGUGUAAUUAUAGGGACCAUCCAUCGAUAUCAGUGUUAUUUUUUUUUUUUAAAUGCCAAAAGUCAAUGUGCGAUCUAGGGUUUGUUUGUCUGCAGCUCAUGAGCCUUUGAUUAACUAUGGAACGGGUUCUCUUCUACAAACUGAGUGCGCUUGUCUGUCCAGCGUAGUUUAGUGUGUUUGUGUGCGCGAGGCACUUUCCAACAAAAAAUACUAACGCUUUUGGGUUAAAUAAAAUGUUGAAAGCAAGAUGUUCCAGAUGCAUCUGUAUUUUAAAGCCAUAGUUCACUCAAAAUUAAAAUUCUGUCAUCAUUUACUCAACCUCAUUUCUUUGUGUAUAUUUCUGUUGAGCACAAAAGAAGACAUUUUGAGGAGUGUUGGGAACUAAUAAUUGCGGUAGCCAUGAACUUCCAUAGUAUAGAAAAAAAAUAUAUAUAAGAGACUUUCAUUUUUUGGGUGAACUAUUAUUUCUUGAACUCCUGCAGGGUCAUGUUCACCCUUGUUUUUGAGCAAACUCCAGUCAUUCUGAUAGUAGUCUGCAAACGUUUUGUGAGGAGGAAAGAGUUCACCGUGCAGAUUUUGCUUGGUUUGAAAGAGGCUUAAGUGUGAGCUGAGCUUGAUACAUUGCUAAGCUAUUUAUAGUAGACCUUUCGACGCGAAAUUUACGAUAUUGUGACCACACCUGUAAUUCACGAAACUUGCGAUAGGUCCUUUUGAAACAAGGCUUCAUGAAACAUUUUUUUGUAGUUGUUGUUUCGAAUCGCUGAAUCAAACUCCCCAAAUCAUGUGAUUUUAGCUUAAGUAAGGCUUUGUGAUGCCGAAUUGUUUCAAACCUCGACUUCAAAACAUAAAAAUCCAGAUGCUGUGGAUCUAGUGAAACUAGUAGUGUUUUUUUUUUAACUGAGUCAGGUUCAUUUUUAAUAAAGUUUGCAUGUAUAAUUUAAGAAAAUUAGGCUAUACUUCUAAUUACGCUUCUAAUUGCCUAGCACCUGCCAAAUGAAGCAAAAACAAUAAUUACAAUACAAAUUAAUAAAACGCAAACUUCAAAGAACCUUCAUAUGUAAUUAUUUGUGGAUUACCUUUAAUAGAUUACACUUUCAUGAAAAUAUUUGCAGUUGGUUUAUAAAAGGUGUCAUAAUGAGUUUUUAUUACGUUUACACUUUUUUUGACCAGCAGGUGCCGCCAGUCUGUACAGAUUUUGUGUGCUUUGAAACCGUAAAUGAUUUUAUGAAGCAAAUGAUUCAGCUGAUUCCAAGCUUCAAAAAGCGUUGUUUCUGCCAUCGCUAACGGUCCUUCGUUCACGUGUUGGGACGACUUUCUGGUGGAUUUGGAGAGAGCGGUGUUAAUGUUUUGUGCAGGGAGAGGGAGGACCCCAAUAGCAUAGCUGCCCCUUAGAGUGCCUGUCUCUCCCAUGCUGAAUGUAUGACGUCUCUUGUGCUGCAAGCGCUAUAUACAGUAUGUACUGGUACUGAAAGCCUUUUUUAAAUAUUAUUAUAAUUUUACUUUUUUUUUGGUUUAAAUAUACAUUUGUAUUUGCAGGUAAUUUGGAAGCUGUAUAGUGGUUUAGAGUCACUCUUUGUACAAGAUGCCCAGCAGUACGUGUGUGUAAUUAUAAUGCAUGCGUGAUUUUACACGUGGCUCCACCCACCGGUGAAAACCCUGUUAUGGGACGAUGGAGUGUGGAGCAUCGAGCAGAUGAAUGAACCGACUCUACUUUGAAUUCUGAUUUGAAAUCGGAUUCUAAUUGGGAUUUGGAUUCUGUUGGAGUGCAUCUGGCAGUGACAUUUAUAAAUCUAAAGAAAUAUAUAUAAAAGAUAUAGAGCUACAGUGUAUUUGAAAAAAAAAAACAUUUGAUUAGUGUAAAUACAAAUGUAUCCAUUUUUUCUUCUUCUUUUCAAUAAUGCAUUAAAUGUUUGAUAUUUUGAAGUGACAAGCACCAUUGAAGAAAUCAGUGUUAAGGCCGACUGUGAAUUUGGCCUGGAAGCGGAGGCCAGCCUUCAUUGUGAGUGAUGAAAUGUCAGGAGAGAAUGAAGAUGAGCGUCUCGUUGUUGUUGUUGUUGUUUAAUUUGUAAAAUUGCAGAUGAACAUUCUCACUACGUACGUCUUAAUGGCUCAGACCCGCUUUAAUGUUCUGAAAUGUCACCAUGUGUUUUUUAUGCUGUAUUUGCAAAGAUAAAAAGAUACAGUCAUAUAUAAACUAUUUACCAAGCUA